CGUUGACCCUCCAGGAAGCACAGCGUCAUUGCGUAGAACGGUGCACAUCCUCGAUUAGGAAACAAUCACCGGGCAUAAUGUCGGCCUCAGCGAAAAAGAAGGAGGCUGCGGGUGCUGCAGGCGGCCCUGCCAAGCAGGCGCAAAAGUCGCCAGCUGCUCCUUCACCGAGCAAAAAAGGCAAGGGCGCAAAGAAGGCAUCAUCAAAGAAAACCUCGUCCUCCUCUUCCGUCAAGAAGCCUAACUCGAAGGCAGAGACCAAGCCUGAGCUUGCAAUGAAACUCAAAGCAAAAGCAAUGGUGGCAGCAAAGCCACAGGCGCAGUUCUCAUCGCAAGGAGCUUCUGCGUUCCAGUUUCAAGAUGCUAAAGCAUUGAAAGCCAACAGGGCGAAAAAUGGCGCCGCACCGCUGGAAAGAAGGCGGAAAUUUCAACCCUCAAACGGCACGCCAUCGUCCCUUGCAGGAAAGGCAGCGAGCACGUUUAGCACUCCUGCCGAGAUCGAUUUUCCUCGAGGGGGAGGCUCGAGCCUGACGCCAGUCGAAUACCGCCAAACCCUGCGUGAGGCAAGAGGGGAAGCUGCCGCGGAUGCCAAGGCAGCUGUUCGUGACGGAGAUUUGUUCACCGAUGGCGCUGGCAAGAAGGGGAAGGGACGAAGCUCUUCAGCUGGGCUAGCCGACGAUAGGGAAGGCAGGGCAAAAAAAAAGAGAAGAGGAGAAGCAAAUAGUGUGGAUCCGGUGUCCGCUGCUGCGGCUGCGAUCCACAAGGAUGCCAUUCGUGUGGAGCACUUGAAUUACAACCGUCUCGCUCCCGGCUCCAGAGUCCUUGCAACGAUCCUUGCUGUUCAUCCCCUGGCAGUUGUGCUCUCCCUUCCCAACCAACUGCUUGCGCAUGUUCCAAUCACACAGAUCAGCAGCAUCUUCACCGAGCGCCUUGAGCACGCGGCCAUGGCUGCCGAGCAGGGAGACCUCCUGGACGAAGACGAAGACACCUCAGACGCAGAGUCUGACUCGGACGAAGACAACUCACAGGGAGUGCCACAGCAGCCUAGGAAGCGCCAACUCCGAGAAAGCGAUGUCCCUGAGCUGCGCGACAUGUUUGCCGCGGGUCAAUUCGUCAUUGCGACCGUUAUCAGCGUUGCAUCGCCGGGUAGCCUACGCGGCCAACGAUUCGGACCAGGGCGUGAGGGCGGGGAGUACGAAAAGGAGAGCAGGAGGGUGGUGUGCAGCCUCGACCCCAAGGAUGUAAAUGCUUCUUUGGACGUAGGACUUGCAGGAGAGCCCGGCAGCAUGGAGGGAUCAAAGGGAGAUCUCGCCCCAGGCUACGUUCUGCCCGUUGCGAUCAAAGCGAGGGAGGACAAUGGCUGGAGUGUCGACCUCGGUCUCGGCGAUUCGAUCGCUGGCUUCGUACCCUUCAGUGAGACGCCUUUCGAGUUGAACUCAUCUGGCGCAUCGAAACACCGGAAGGACUAUCCCAUCGGCCAAGUCCUCCCCGCUUGCAUUACCUCGCUCAAUAGCGCAACGCCUUCCCGCAGCAAGACGCUUUUGCAACUGAGCGUGCAGCCGUCCAAGUUGAGCGCAGCUUCGCUUGGGCCGACACAUGCGCCAUCGCUGAGUGCGCUAAUGCCCGGCUUGAAGGUCAACGCGCUUGUCACGUCCGUUAGCGCGAAAGGCUUGGGCGUGAAGCUGUGGGGCAUGUUCGACGCUACUGUCGACAUCAGCCAUCUACCUCCACUUCCCAUCGCCAAAUCGUUGAAGAAAGCGGAAGUCGAAGGAUCAGCGAGCAAGACCACGAAGGGUUUGCAAGACGUAUACAAGGUUGGCGCGCACUUGACUGCGCGCGUUCUAUGGGACCAAGGUCCCGCAAGGCUGAACGGUAGACGGCGCGCGGGAGGUGUCGUGGGAGGAGCAGCCUUCAGUCUGGGAGAUGAAGGUGACUCGGACGAUGGCUUCGACAUGGAAGGCAUGGGCGAUAAUGAGCAGGACAGAAAGAUUGGCCUCAGUGCCGCUGAGCAUGUGCUCAAGCUCGAGUCGCAGGAGAGCAUCGCAAUGCAGCUACCCAUCGGCACCGAUGUCAACGCCACCAUCACAGCUUGCGACUCUGACUGGGGGCUCAAUGUUUCCGUGUCACUAGCUGCGGGAAGGACGGAAGAUCCCAAAGGAAAAGCUGGCAAACAGGGCUCGGUCCUUCCAGGGUUUGUGCACAUCUCACGGGUCUCUGAUGAUCACAUUGUCCGUCUCUCUGCUACAUCUGGCGCAUAUAAACUUGGCAGCACACACACAGCGCGUGUAAUUGGGCAUGCGCUGACCGACAAGCUGCUUCUCCUGAGCAUGCAGCCUUCGAUCCUCGCCAAGUCUUUCAUGCGCGUCAGCCAGGUACAAGUCGGCGAGGUGCUGCGUGCUACUGUCAAAGAAGUCAAGCCGAGCGGGAUCUUCCUGAAUCUCGGAGGAAGUGUCGACGGUAUCGUCUUCCCUUUGCAUUUUAGCGAUAUUGUCCUCAAGAAGCCAGAGAAGAAGUAUAAACCGGGCAUGAAGGUCAACGCAAAGGUCCUGCUCGUCGAACCAGCACGGAAUCGCAUCGCCCUCACGCUCAAAAAGACCCUCAUCAACUCGGAGCUCCCAAUCAUCUCAUCGAUUCAGGACGCUCGCGUCGGCAUGCUUACGCAUGCUACGAUCUCAAAAGUGCUCGAAGCGGACAAGGGCCUGCUUGUCGAUUUCUUUGGCGGUACCCGAGCGUUGGUGCCUUCCAGCGAAGCGAGCGAGUCAUACUUGACGGAUCUUCGCACCCAAUUCUACGAAGGCAAACCGCUCAAGGUGCGCAUCACACACGUGGACUAUGCUACGGGCAGGCUCGUGGCAAGUAUCCGCCAGGCACUGCCUUCGUUCCAGGCGCGCCUGAACGUCGAUGCAGUUGAGCUUGGCCAGCAAGUGGAGGCGACACUUGCAGCUGUGCAUCAAGAUGUGAUCGUGUUGAGCCUCGUCCCAAGCCAAGUUAGAGCGCUUCUUUCGCUUUCUAUUCUUGCUCGCCACCGCGGAGUGUCUGUUGAAGAGCUCAGAGAUGGUCUGCAAGAGGGCGAAGUGCUCAAGGACCUCGUUGUCGUCAGCAAGAACCAAGAGAAAGGUAUCGUCAUCGUUGGUACCGCUGGUUCGCCUUCGGCACGUGUCUUGACAAAAGGCACAGCUCCCAAGACAGGCGAUAUUUACGAAGUACGCGUCAUCAAGGAAAGCGAGCCGACCGCGGUCACCGUCAUGCUUCCAAACAAGUGCCGAGGGCGGCUACACCUGCUCGACUGCAAUGAUGACCCCGCAAACGCAAAGCUGCCAGCGCUCGAUUCGACCGUCAAAGUCGUUGUGAUGAACCUGCGUCAGUCCUCCAGUCGUGCGGAUGUCUCGAUGCGGCUUUCUGUGCUUGCAUCCGCUACUUCUGGGGCCGGCGUGCAGACGUCCAGCUCGAUUACUAAGACGCUUGUUGAUGAGAUCCCCAAUAAAGUCGGAGAUCUCACGGUCGGUGCUCGUCUGCAUGGAUACGUCAAGUCCAUUGCCAAUGCCGGACUUUUCGUCGACAUUGGCCGCUACGCAACAGCUCGCGUAAAGAUUGCAGAGCUCUUCGACGGUUUUGUGAAAGACUGGCAGUCUAAAUUCCACGUCGGCCAGAUGGUCUUUGGGACGGUAACGGAGAUCGACGCGAAACACAACAAAGUGGAGUUGUCGCUCAAGACAGGCGUCAAAGGCGCGAAGCAGCCUGUGGCCAGCAAGGAACGAAAAGAAGAUAAGAGCGGCAAAUCCUUGCGGAUAGCCGACUUUCAGACCGGUCAGAAGGUUAAUGGCUUUGUUCGUGGCACCUCUAAGUACGGUGUCUUUGUCCAGAUCGAAGGGACGAACAUUAGCGGCCUUUGUCACAAGUCGCAGCUCGCGGACAAUGCUCCCGACGAUGCGCUCCAAGCCUUCAGCAUUGGCGAUCGCGUCAAGGCGGUAAUCAUCGAGGUGGCUGAAGCGAAGAACAAGAUUUCCUUCGGUCUGAAGCCUUCUUACUUCACAGCCGCUGAUUUUGCGGAUGGUGCAGCACAAGAGGAGGGUGGUCUGAUGGGCGAAGGCAAUGAGGCAGAAGGGUCGAGCAAUGCAGUCGGGGAGAAGGACUCGAACAUGAAUGGGAUGGAUAAUGAGGACGAGGACGAGGACGAUGACGAUGCAAUGGCCGAUGCAGUGGCAGGCGACUCUGAACAGGCAGAAGGGGACGGAAACGCUUUCGAAGGCGAUACCUCGGAUGACGAAGACUUCAUUGAAGCCGAUGGCUUCGGUGCUCAAAGUGCGGUAACCGCAGCCGACGGCUCUUCUGAACCUACGCUGGUUCCUCGCCUCGAGCUUGCAGUAGGGUUCAGCUGGUCUGGGAAUGCCGAUGCUAGCGCGAGUGCGGGUUUGGACACCAUCUCAGACAACUCGGGCGACAGUGACAGUGAUGACGGCGCUCCGUGCAGAGGCACUAACCCAGCGAAGGGGAAAGGGAAAAGGUCAAAAGUUACGGAAGACAUCACGGCAGACCUGGCGACAAAGGCUCCAGAGUCUUCGACAGACUUUGAGCGUAUUCUCCUCGGCUCGCCGAACAGCUCAUACAUCUGGAUCCAGUUCAUGAGCUUCCACCUCCAGCUUGCUGAUAUUGAUCGCGCACGGGAAGUUGCUCGACGAGCGCUCAAAAUUAUCAACUUCCGCGAGGAUCAGGAGCGUCUCAACGUCUGGAUCGCGCUGCUCAACCUUGAGAAUACGUACGGCUCGGACGACUCCCUCGAUAAGAUUUUCAAAGAGGCAGCGCAAGCGAAUGAUGCCAAGACGAUCCAUUUGCGCCUGCUACAGAUUUACGAGCGGACGCGCAAAAUGGACAAGGUCGAGGAGCUCUGGAAGAAGACGACGAAGAAGUUUGGCUUUAGCUCAAAAGUCUGGGUCCUCUAUGGCCAAUACUUCCUGCGUGAACGAAAGGCGGAGGAAGCUCGCCAGCUGCUUCCACGAAGCAUGCAGAGCCUGCCGAAGAGGAAGCAUGUCAAGACGAUCACUGGAUUUGCAUUGUCCGAAUUCAAGAUCGGGGAUGCCGAGCGCGGGCGCACGAUUUUCGAAGGGCUGCUCGACACGUACCCGAAGCGUCUCGACAUCUGGCUGCAGUACAUCGACCAGGAAGCCAAAGUGUCCUCCAUCGCAGGCUCCGACGGGAAGCACGCCGCGGUGCCACGCGUCAGGGCGUUGUUCGACCGCGUGCUGUCGCUACGACAGAGCACCAAAAAGGGCAAGUCUGUGCUAAAGAAGUGGCUCGAAUUCGAGAAGCGGUAUGGCACGCCCGACGGCCAGCAAGCCGUUCUGCAACGCGCUAGAGCGUUCGUCGAAGAGACACAGAACAAGCAGGGCGGGCAAGCAGAGGCCCAGGAUGACGUGCGAGAAAGCGAUGCAGAGGAUGAGGACGAGGAUGUCGAGAUGGAGUGAUCUGUAAUCAUAAAGCCAAUAGUUGUGUAAUAGCAUUCUGAAGACCGUC